AUGGAUAUCAUGAAAUCUUACUCCGAAAUAUUUAAGCAAGGGAUCUUCUUUGAUCUGGACAAACUCUUUGAUUGCUGCCUUCGAAGUGAAGACGGACUGGAAUUUGGUGCACAUCGUAUCAUUCUAGCUAGUCGCUGUGACUAUUUUCGUGCUGUCUUUAGCGGAAACUUUGGAAUAGAAACCAAAGUGUAUCUUUCGGGCAUUAGCGGAAGCAUUUUGUGCGAAAUUCUUCGCUUUCUAUAUACUGGAAGUAUCAUCUUAAAUGAAGAGAACGUUAUUGACAUCGUCGUAGCUGCAGAUUACUUUUUGAUUGACAAAUUGCUGAGUGAAUGUCGAAUCUAUGCUUUCAAUCAUAUUAAUGCUAACAACUGUCUGUUGUUUUUCGAGGUAGCUUGGUCAGUAGAGAGAUUUUCCUUUUUGACUGAAUGCCUCAGAUAUAUUCAGACUCAUUUCGAAUCUGUAGUCAGCAGUCAGUAUUCCAAUUUCGCAAAUCUCCCGCUAAGCUUCGUGAAGAGCUUUCUGAAUCUAAGUGGAAUUACAGAAGAUGUCAUAUGGGUGGCUGCUAUGAAAUGGCUGAAGAAAGAUCCAGUUGUAAGAUUGCAAGUACUACCCGAACUUCUGGCAUGCCUUUGUUUGCAGAACUUGGAUGAAAACUUAGCAACUGAAAUACUCGACAGUUCUUGUUAA